CCUUUUUCUACUCACACACUCUCACCCUUCUACGUUCUCAGGUGUUCAGGUGUGUCUUUACAUGCUUCAACCUUUACAGUGAUUGCUUCACAAUCCAUUACCGCCUGCUGCAUGGACAUGGAGGGAAAAAUUGGUAGACACGGAAUGAACUGAAUGCACAGGAUCUGUUCUAUUUAAUAUCCCCUGGUUUUCACAGCCAAAGCAACAAUGGGCCAAAGGUGGAUGUCUGCAGUGCUGCUCCUUUUUCUGGUGGUGCCAGCUCACUUGGAGGAAGAAUGUGAGGGGAGCUCAUGCAACCCCACCCUGGGUGAUCUUAUGGUGGGCCGUGCUGCUCAACUCUCUGCCUCAUCCACCUGUGGCCUAAAUGGGCCCCAGAACUAUUGCAUCCUGGGAUACCUGGAGGAUGAGCAAAAAUGUUUCAGCUGUGACUCAAGGAGCCCCUACAAUCGAUACAACAACCCUAAUAGCCAUCGAAUUGAAAAUAUCAUUACCACCUUUGAGCCAGAGCGAAAGAUGAAAUGGUGGCAGUCUGAGAAUGGUGUGCAUCAAGUCAGCAUUCAACUAGACUUGGAGACCAUGUUUCAAUUUAGCCAUUUAGUCAUGACAUUCAAGAGUUUCAGACCUGCUGCAAUGCUGAUGGAGAGGUCAAAGGAUUUUGGUCGCACUUGGAAAGUGUUUCGAUACUUCUCUGCAGACUGUGCUACACACUUCCCCAGUAUCUCAGAAGGCCCAGCAGAAACUAUAGAUGACCUCAUCUGUGACAGCCGCUACUCUGGAGCUGAGCCUUCUACUGACGGCGAAGUGGUGUUAAAGGCUUUGGACCCCAACUUUCAUAUUGAAAAUCCAUUUGACCCUACUAUUCAAGAGCUCAUCACCAUGACUAACCUGCGAGUAAACUUUACACGUUUACUCACACUGGGUGAUGACUUGUUGGGGCGGAAGAGGAGGAACCCACAGGAGAAAUACUACUACGCCCUGUAUGAGAUGGUGGUCAGAGGGACCUGCUUCUGCAAUGGCCAUGCCAGCCAGUGUAUGCCUGUUUAUAACACACGCGGAGAUACCUUGAAUGAACCUGGCAUGGUUCAUGGGAGAUGUGUGUGUCAGCAUAACACCAUGGGGAACAACUGUGAGAAGUGCCAAGAUUUUUACAAUGAUGCCCCCUGGAGGCCAGCUGGAAGCACUGACCCAUAUGUUUGCAGAAGGUGCAACUGCAAUGGCCACUCUGAGCGAUGUCACUUUGACCUACAGCGCUACAUAACCACUGGGCAGGUCAGUGGUGGUGUGUGUGAUGACUGCCAAAACAACCGCAUGGGCGCUCAGUGUGAGCUGUGCAAGCCACACUACUACAAGGACCCUCUGCGUUCUCUAAAUGAUCCUUAUGCUUGUAUACCUUGUGCCUGCCACUCCGCAGGGUCUGUAGAUGGUGGGUUGUGUGAUCCAGUGAGUGGUCAAUGCAAGUGUAAGCAGAAUGUAGAGGGUGAGCGCUGUGACCGGUGCAAGAUUGGAUUCUAUAGACUCAGCCAGGAAGACCCCAAUGGCUGUCAGAGGUGUAUGUGUAACUUCUUGGGCACUGUAAGCACCUCCCCAUGUGACCAGAACACAGGCCAGUGUAUUUGUGACCCCUUGGCCCAUGGACCAGAGUGUGACCAGUGUGUACCAGGAUACUGGGGACUAGGAAAUACAGUCUAUGGUUGUCUACCUUGCGACUGUGACAUAGGAGGAGCCUUCACUACUCUGUGUUCCUCAGAUAGUGGCCAAUGUCAGUGCAGAGCCAAUAUGGUGGGACUUCGCUGUAGUGAACCUGCCCCUGGUUACUUCCUGGCCCCUCUUGAUUUCUAUCUCUAUGAGGCUGAAAAUGCUGCUCCUCUGGACACCAAAUGCUCCUCUGACCUGGUUAGACCCGAUGCUUCUCCUGUACCUCCCCUGUAUCCUACUGCAUCUCGUCCACUUCCAUACUGUCCCCCAGGAACCAUAGCUCGCGAGCCUACAACACAGUCUUAUUACCAUCCUGAGCCUACAGUGCAGGAGCCUUAUGACCCCUCUGAACCUUCUAUAUAUGAGAAUUCUUGGCCUCCUGUAGCAUAUCAAACUCCGCCUGCGGCUGUCACUCUACCUAGCUGUGUGAACUACUUCAGAAGCAGAGGCUAUGAUGUUGAGUUCAGGGAUGGGAGAUUUGUGGUGGUUAAGCGUGAGAGCCGCCGAAAAAGAAGACAAGGCCAGAGCACCAUUCCUCUGCAACCAGGAUCCCUCCAUCAGGUCAUCCUACGACCACGUACCCCAGAUGAACCUAUUGCUUGGACAGGACCAGGAGUUGUGCGGGUUCAAGAUGGCGCAGGACUCCGAUUCAUUGUCACCAACAUCCCGUUAACUCUUAACUAUCAUCUUAUCAUUCGCUAUGACACACAGUACACAGAUGAUUGGACAGCCAGUGUAAAAAUUGUGCCAUUAGGAUCUCAUGAUGAAAACUGUCCAUUUGAUCCAUCAGAGAAAACUUUUAUGCUUCCUAGCACUAGCAGGGCAGCCAUGUUGGAUCCUUCUGUAUGUCUCAGCUCUGGCGUGCGGUACUAUGUGGAUAUCACAUUCGAAAAUCCUGACCCUUACUGCAGCUCACAUAUUCUAAUUGAUUCUAUGGGACUUAUUCCAAAGAUGGAGUCUCUGCCAAAUUUCUGCUCUGAUGCAGCCCUAGCUCAGUACCAGCAGUAUCGCUGUGUGGAGUUGGGUGCACAGGCAGGAGAACAUACCCUCCCUGAGGUGUGUGAAAAACUGGUUGCCAGCAUGUCAGCAUACAUCCAUAAUGGUGCAAUACCUUGUAGAUGUAAUCCUGAGGGGUCAUUCAGUUCAUCCUGCAGUAAAUUUAGAGGACAAUGUGACUGCAAACCCAAUGUGGUCGGCCGCUGCUGUGAUACCUGUGCCCCUUUGACCUAUGGGUUUGGACAAAAUGGCUGCUCACCAUGUAACUGUGAGCCAUCGGGUUCCAAAGCUGAGUUCUGUGACCAUAAAACCGGACAGUGCCAAUGCCAUAAUGGGGUCACAGGCCGACGAUGUGACGGGUGUCUGCCCGGAUACUAUGGUUUUCCUAACUGCAGACGUUGCCAGUGUAAUGGGCUCGCUGACAUCUGUGAGCAGAUUACUGGAGUCUGUCUAAACUGCAAGGGGCAUUCAACUGGGCCCAACUGUGAAAGGUGUGUUGAAGGUUACUUUGGUGAUCCUGUAGUGAGGGAACCCUGCAAGCCAUGCCUGUGUCCAGACGUGAAAGGCAGCGGCCGUUUCUUUGCCCGCUCCUGCAGAAAGGACGCAAAUUCUCUUACCCUGACCUGUCAGUGCAUGACAGGACAUCAAGGAUUACACUGUGAUAAGUGUGCACCUGGUUACUACGGUAACCUGCUUUUGCCAGGCGCUACAUGCAAAGAGUGUCCCUGCAACAACAACAUCGAUCCCAAUGAUGGCGAGGCAUGUGAUGCUUUAACUGGCAAGUGCCUCCGCUGCUUGCAUAACACUUUUGGGCCUCAGUGCCAGACCUGUAAACCAGGAUACUACGGUAAUGCACUGCUCCAGGAUUGCAGAGAAUGCUCAUGUGACCGGCAGGGCACAGACGUGACUAAAUGCCCACUGGGCAGCCCCUGCAUAUGUAAUGAGGUGACUGGGCAGUGCCCAUGUCGUCGUGGUGUGGUAGGCAUUCAGUGUGAUCGUUGUGAGGAUGGAUACUGGAAUCUGAGUGGAAGGUCUGGGUGUCAGCCCUGUAACUGUCACACAAGCCACUCUGUCAGCAAUAUGUGUGACAAGAUUACUGGCCAGUGUCCUUGUGAAACGGGAUAUGGUGGUAAACAGUGCAAGGAGUGUGCAGCCAAUCAUUUUGGAAACCCUGACAUUCAGUGUAUAUCUUGCGACUGUGACAUGCAGGGCUCUAUCCACCCAGGCUGUGAUCCUGACACCGGCGAGUGUCUGUGUCGGCCUGGAGUAAGUGGCAAUUUCUGUGAAAAAUGUGCCCCAGGGCAUGAUCCGGUCUUCCCUGCCUGCGAGCCCUGCCACCCUUGUUACCAUCUAUGGGGAAGUAAUGUCACAGACAUCUCACAGGCUAUGGAAAACAUGCAGUCUUUGCUCUCUAAACAUGGAGGAAGUUUGUUACUCAGCGACAAGCAACACCAGGAAAAGAUACAAAAGUUGAAUGAGAAGCUUAAGAGCCUGGUUAGCAUGCUAAGCUAUGACCAGAUUAAUCUGGAAGGCAUGGAGAAUUUCCUGAAUCAAAUCAGGAACUUAACAGAAACCACAGAUCCAAACACAAUUAUUAUCGAUCCAUCUAAGCUGCUGGAAACUGAAAUUGAUAACAUUUAUAAUGAGUUCAAGAGGUUAUUGGAUAAUCUGCAAAAGAAAAUUAAAGACAGCCAAAAAAUAGAUCUAAAAGAGAUAAAUGACACGCUGGAGAAGAUCCGUAAACUUCAUACUGACUUCUUGAAAGAUGAAGAACGGGUGAAGGCGGCAAGAAAUAAGAUAGACACUUCCAGGCAGACCCGACAGGACACAAAAAAAGAACUGGCCAAAUGCCAGCUGAGGCCCUUGGAUGUACUGGAGAAGAAGGUCAAAGGGCUCAGUGUGGCCAAACUUAAUGAGGAGAUUUGUGGCGCACCAGGUGAUGCAGAGUGUGAAAAGUCUGUGUGUGGUGGUGCUCUGUGUGGGAAGUGUGGCGGGCCAUCUUGUACAGGAAGUCUACCUGUCGCCCUCAAUGCUACAGACACAGCAAAGAAGAUCAAAGCAGGCAUUCAAAGCCUCCUCCAAAAUCUCACACAGGCAGAAACAAAGAUCAAAGACAUCAAAAAUGUUAAUAAAGAUGUGAAAACUAAGGCAGACUACAUGAUGAAUAAAAUCAUCAAGAGCAAGAAUAAGUUUGAUAAGGCCAAGAAUGACACUAAAAAACUUAUAGAGAGUGUCAGGAAAUACCUCAGCGCAGAGACAAUGGAACCAGAAGACAUUGACAAGGUAGCCUCUGCCGUGUUGGCUAUUAAGCUUCCUAGUUCUCCAGAUGAGAUCAAGAGGAUGAUCCAGGAUAUUCAGAAAAUGAUGGAAAACUUCACGCACAUUACAGAAGACCUGAAGGACUUGGAGGACCAGGCCAAAUUAGCCAAAGACUUGAAAAAUCAGGCUGAUGAAAUCCUAAACAGAACUAAGAAGAUUGAUGUCAGUGACAUAGAGAAAGCCCUAAAGGACACUGACCAACUCCAUGACAAGAUAAAACAGAAGCUGAACAAGACCGAAGACAACAGAAAUGUUACCGCUGAAUUACUUGACCAGAGUGCCACAAAACUAAAGAAUGCUGAAGAUAAUUUAAACACGCCUCGGACCAAAAAGCUCCAAGAGGAAAUUGAGGCUCUGAAGAAUAAAACGGAAAUGAAUCGAGCUCAGGCUUUGGAGGCCAAAACUGCAGCCGAUGCAGCAUUAGCCAAUGUUACAGAUGCUAACAAGGAUCUUGAGGAAAUAGAAGAACAGUUAAAAAAACUGAGAAACAACACUCAGGGUCUAAAUGAUACAAGAACUGAGCACCUGAAGAACAUAACAAUGGAGGCUGAAAAUAUGGCAAAAGAUGUUGAAAAUAAAAUGAAGCAAAUCGAAGUCUUGGAGGAAAGGAUUCAAAAUGCAGUACAACAUAAAAUGAAUAAAAUGAAAGAACUGGAGGUUCUGUUGGCAGAGGCGAUGAGCUUGAAGGAAUAUAUUGUUGAAAAAGUGGACAAUUAUUCGCAGUGUGGCACCUAAGCCUGCAGAUGUCUCCGGCUUCACCCCACCCAGAUGCAAUGCUGUAUGUGCAGUCUUGAUAACUUUAGCUCUUAUUUUGGUCUUGCUAAAAGACAGAUUCUUCAUUGGUGGUACAGACUUUCUGUGUGUGCUAUAUUAACCACAUAGUAUCUGAAUCAGUUUCAACACCAAAGACUGUAUAGAAGAGAGCAAAAAUAAUUAUCUGUUAUCAUGCAGAUUGUAGAAUAUUUCAGGAACUAUCUAUAUAGUGAUUUUAGUACAUUUCUUUGUUAUCUUUUGUUUUGUCAUAAAUAACUACAGCCAUCUUAAAUUAAGAUACUGUUUAAUCAGUGUGCUAGGUGGUAGGUUUUUUUGAAUAUAUCUUCUUUGUGUGUGUAUAUAUAUAUAUAUUCUAAUUCCUUGUGUGUGUGAGCACAUUUGGCAAUAAAAGCUCUUUCUGAUUCUGAUAUAUAUUCGUAUAUUUUAAUAUGAUAAUAUCUGUAACUCUAUUAUCUUUUAGAACUUCAUGAAUAAGGGGUCCUUGUUAUUGUAGCAUGGCAAUUGUCCAGCUUUGCAUUCUUAUUUUGUGUAAACAAUUAGUCAAUGUAAUAAGAUUAGGUGUAAAUAACAAUUAGUUGUAAUAAGAUUAAACCAACAUUCAGCCUUGGAUGCCUGCUGAUUUCAAGUGUCUAUAGCUGAAGGGCCCAACAAUCUCUACCUUUUGUUCUGAGGUGUGAACAGCCAGAUGACGACCAUUUCUAUUCAACUGCAAAAUCAGUGAUGUCCUUCAUCACAUUUGAUCUUUAGUUACCUUAGCUUACCUUUGCACUUAUUUUUAUUUCAAUUCCCAGUUUAUAAGAACUAAUAAAUACAGUUAUAGCAAUAUGUUAAUUACAACAUACAUUGUUUCUUUAGUGUUUUUGCACAAAGGUCUAUAUGAGAAUUAAAUGUAGCUCAUGUCUUUUAGACUUGUUGAAUAGGGCAGCAAAAUCUCAGGACCUCUAAAUGAUUGAAUUUCAGUCUUUAUCUCAGGGAGUGAAAUUCUGAAGACUGCCCAUGA